CGCCGGAGUGAUGAUUUUUCAUAUUUUCACAUGACUUAACAGGAUAGUGUCAAAAGAUUACUACCUUCGCAACGAUCGGGGCUGAAUGCGACGAGCGUCGUUUCUUGCUACCACCAUUGUCUUUAUAUACUUUGUGCAAACCCUUGCAUCAACUCAGGCAGCUGUGCUCCCCUCUCCUUUGUUUUCUGCUGCGUUCCUUUUCUUCUAAGCGUACAGACUUGUUGUGUCUGUAUCGCCGGUUAUAUCUUCAAAAGACUUUGCUCGUGCCUUUAUCAAAACACCGGUUGCUUUGCUUAUCACUUGCAUUUAUAAUCUGUUCGCGGGAUAAAGCAGAAAAACCUUCCACUCCUUCCAGCCCGCAAUCACCUUAUAACUAUCAUCGAAAUGCCUCGUCGCUCCCCUCCCACUGCUCUUCGCCUCGUCCAGGGCCCUCUCCCACCUCGCAGUCAGCCCAGACACACCCUUCCUUCCGUUCCGCGCCCAGUCUUUCAACCUGUAGCGUAUCUUCCCCGUGGUCCUUCGCCCACACCGCGUCCUCGCAUACCUGGUGAAAGCGCUGCGACAUACUCGCAGCUGCCACCUCUUGAUAUCAACUUCUCAAGUGCUCCAAGUAGCAAUAGUUCGAGUCCCGUGUUGGGCUCAUCGCCAGCUUCUGGGUCUAGAGUCCGAGGCCCCUGGGACCAUCACAGAAGCAUAGAGUUGCGCGUCGAUAUCGACAGUAUUCUAAAGAUGCCUAUGCCGGUAGUGGUCGGUGCUUGAGUAGGAAGGGUAGACGUUUAUACCAUGGGGCUGGUUCUCCAUUGUCCUUGUUUUCAAAUGGGUAGGGUUCAUUCGAGAUUUUGGCGAUAGUGCCAUGUAAUUCUUCGUUGGCAACGGGACAUUAUCAAGUCCCUCUAGGUCCGGGCACCUUCUGUAUGAACAUUGUAUUAGUUUGCGAAAUGCAAAUUUAUGGCUAUUUACGUUGCUUUAUUCCAAGCGCUGGCGGCCGUGAUUGAGAAGAAUGCCUUGGGACAGUCCGCUCAGAGAGCGCUAUCGACCGAGAAAGUGCUUAUCGAAAAGGGAAUGAUUAUCAGCGGCGCGCAAAGCGGGCCCGGUCCUCGUCCAAAAGCCGUGUGGGAUCAGCACUAGAGUUGCGUUAUGUCCGUACGACCGAGUGCUUUGAUUCGAUGUCGAGUCUCAACUGCUGCUGCCAUUGCAGAAUACGGGCAGCAACGAGUACGGAACCGCCGUGAUUCAAUCCGCUCGGUACCUGAGCUCGAAAAAUUGCGGCAGUGAAUAAGCAAUGUGAGAGAAAGAUUGAGGAACGUGGUGGUUUAUCACUACAGCCCUGGUAACGAUACAGGCAGAUCACAGCAAUGCGAACAAUGGAUUUGGGUUUGCCUGAG